GCCAGGUCCUACCAUCACACCUGUCAUCCAAGAACCGCAAAAACCUAAGAAUACGACAAAGCAAGCUUUUUUUAAAUAUUAUAUUUUUUAUUUGAAAGGAACGUAAGCGACUCUUGACGUUAAGAUGAGGAAUUCCGGGGCCCUGCUGUGCGUCUCUCUGAUUCUCUGUGGUUUGGUAACAGAAUGUUUUGGCUACACUAUAAUGCCUAAAGAUAAAAGAGGAUGGACUCUGAACAGUGCUGGUUACCUACUGGGGCCUCAUGCACAUAGAACCCUGACUGAUAAAGGAAAUGUAGCUGGGAAAAGGGAGGCAACAGAAGAGACGUACAAGCUGGGGCGAGAGACAUUUGGUCCUCAGGUCCAUUCUCUGGAUGAAAACACAGUUCAAACCGUACUAGACUUCCUUUCUUACUUACACCUAAAAGAACUCGGAGCGUUGGAUCAUUUGGCCGUUCUUAUCUCUGAAGAAUCCGCACAACAAUAGUGCAGCAUGUGGCGUACAUCCCAAUGUAUAGCCUGUACAUAGCGCGGACGUACAGAGCCACAGACACAAGACGAAGAGCCACAAAGAAUCCAAGAAGAUUGACAAUUGACAAAAUUGUUACUGUUCUACAAAGCCAAUGUCUCCCCAAGCUUGACUCGGAAACAUUUCAACGCAUUCUUUUUUGUAAUUCCAAUUGUUUUACAUUCUAACAUUGUCUACAAACAUUUCCUAACCUAAAUUGUGUUAAAAAAAAAUUGACCAACAUGACUGCACCGAUGUUAAGCUCAAAGGAAACAUGUAAACAGAUCCCAACUCAAUAAAUCUAGAGAAAUUUAUUGCAUAAUGACUUUUACGGUGAGGUCAUCUACGAUGGU